AUGGUAGCUACAGGGGAGCAGGCAUCUGAGGACUUUCAUGACUCGGAAAAUGGUGAAUUGAGCAUCUUUAACUGCCCAGUUUGCUCCAAAGAGUUAAGUGAUUUGAGACGUCUAAAUUAUCACUUGGAUAAUGAUCACAGUUUUGGAGAACCACAAGAAUUAGCUACUCACCCAGUUAAUAAGCAGGUAAAAGGACGUCAUAAAAGGGAUGGAUUCGUCGCUGGCCACUUAAAAGCAUUUGAACCUGGGAUUUCGUGCUGCCACGAAUGUGGCAGGUUACUGAGAAAGGGAACUGGAAUUGUUAAUUGUCAUAAAUGUGGCGAGCUAUUCUGUGGAGCCCAUUGCCGAAACACUAUAAAGUUAGACUCUCAUGGACGUUACGAUCCUCAGAAGGGAAGAUGGUAUGUUUGCUGCUAUAAAUGCUUUGGUGCCAGACCUGGGUAUAACGACUACGGAAGUUCAAGAGAGCUAACAGAAACACUGAAGAGCUUAAGGACUAUGAAGAACGAGGAUAAGCAACUACGAAUCAUUCAAUUGGAAAACAGACUCGUCAGGCUUCUUGAUGGGAUAAUUGCCAUCAUACGACAAUACAAAGGCAGUUUAUUGGAAGGCUUUAGGGUACAAAAGGAUAUUUCAAAAUUGGAAAGAACAGUUACUUCUUGGCGAGAUGAUAAUGAAGCAACGCACUGCAAUAUUUGUAAUCAAGUAUUUGACAUAACGCUCAGACGUCAUCAUUGCAGGUUAUGUGGAAAUAUAGUUUGUGAUAGUCGCUCGACUAAUUGCUCGAAUCAAGUGCCUAUUUACAACCUCAUGAAUGCAGCUAAUGAUUUACCUUUCACAGAAGCGACACAGGAACUGGUUUCGGAUAACGUAUCAAUACGCUUGUGCUCCGAAUGCAUUCACAACUUAUUUUUCCAAAGGAAGUUCAAAAAGGAGGUACGACAGCCUCUAUCACCGCUGCUAUCGCAGUGCGAGAGCAUCAGUAACACCUCAAGAGUAAUAAUUCAACUUACUGCAUCUCUAGGUGAUAUUGAACGUAUUAAAAGUAUAAGCCAAGCUCCUGAACAAUUUGACGUUAACGAAUCAAAUAAGUUGAGGGCAAAGCUACUACGAGCUGUAGCAUCCUACCAUCAGUCAACUAAGCAAAUAUCCAUGAUCAAACCAAAGAACAAUGCAGAGAAAAAGAUUCAACAAUCUGUCCGUAUGGCAUCUUCAAUUUUCAUAGACGAAAAGGUAUUGCAAUUGAAGUCAUUGCCCUGCAUCAAUCCUCCGCAGAUCUAUCAUGCUCCGGAGAGCCAGGAAGUGGUUAAACUAUCGAACUUCCUAGCAGACAACUUAAGCAUCAAGGAGAUAAAGGAAAUUAAACAAUUUAGAGAGGAACUGAUGGUUCUGAAAGAACAAGCAUUCCUUGUGGAAACUAUGAUUGAAAACGCCAAGAAGCAACGCAAUUUUGAGGAAAUUAACAUUCUAAAUGGGAAUUUGCAGGAACUCGAGUCAAGAAUGCAAACGAUACAGGAAUACCUCGGUGAUCAGAGUUUCGCCUGA